CAGGCUGAUAUUUACAGGGGUAUUGCAGUCUAAUAUUGCAGUGAGUUACAGCUACAUUGAUUACCUUAUUGAACUUCUUGGGCCUUACCAACCAUGAUGUUUUCUAUUUACAUUUUUAACCAUCGUUAAAUACAAUAAAAAAUUAGUGGUUAAACGUUAAUUAUGAUUAAAAAUUUAAAGACAAAAUUGUGUACAUUCAGGGCUAUCCAAAAUGAGUUGGUAAAACUUGAGCUGGUUAAACCUGAAGAAUUAAGAAAAAAUAACUAGCUUUUCCUUAUUUGUUGUUUGGAUUGCUGAUGGACGAAAAACGCAUUUGUGAUUAUUUUGUGGUUGCUGGUAUUCCUACUAUUCAGUCAACUGAAGCCACAACAUUUUCUCGAGAAGGUACAAGCCCAUCAUUGAGUCCAAUAGGAUCUUCUGGAAUUGGUUUACCUCCUAUUACUGAUAUUACUGUGAUAAUUGCAAGUCAAGGUGAAACAGCGCCCGAAGGUUAUCACUGUAUUGAAACGACUCCGUUAGGAUUUCCAGCUGAUCUCAACCAUGGAAGUCUUCGUACUCAAAAUAUUUUUUUGUGCUAUAAAAGAGGUACAGAUAAACCACCGUUGGUUGAUAUUGGAGUUCUUUAUGAAGCUAAAGAGAGAGUUAUGUCAGAUAGUGAAGUAGUUUAUCUUACACCAUAUGGUAAAAUAGCUAAUGUCAAUAAUGGUACUUCAAGAACAUUUCUCACUUAUCGAAGAGCCAAAGAAAAUGCCCCAUGUAAUCAACUAGUUGUUAUUGAUAUUUGUGUUGUUCUUGGUAAUAAGAACGAAAACCCACCACAUGCCUAUUGUCAAAUUAACAAAAAUUUGAAUAAGGGCAUAAUUGGAAGUGAUGUUUUCAUUUGUUAUAAAAAAUCUAUGAAUAGGCCACCUUUAUUGCGUUAUGAACCAACUAUACUUGAAAGAUUUCCCCCGGUUGAUCAUGAUUCUUACUCAUUACCGCAAUCUGUACCUUUGUUUUGUAUGCCUAUGGGAGCUACUGUUGAAUGUUGGCCCAAAAAGUGUCAACAACCACGUCCACUCUUUUCAACUUUUGUUCUUACCUCCAAUGCUGCUGUCAAGGUGUAUGGAGCUGCAAUAACUUUUUAUGAAAAAUUCGAUGAAGAUCUCCUCAACGAAGAUGAGAAAUCCAGACUUAAUUUUAUUACUGUCGAGGAUAAAGCAGCAAAAACACUUAACUCUGUCAAAUCAAUUUGCAUUCUGUCUCGAUGGCCUUUUUUUGAAACCUUCGAAAAAUUUCUCACUUUUUUAUAUCACAUGACGUGUUGUUCACCUAACGUUUUGCACAAUAUACCGAUUGAAAGAUAUAUUUCGCAUUUCAUGUUGGAUGUGCCAUUUCCAUCUGUUCAAAGGCCUAAGAUACAAGUUCAACUAGGACUAUCUCUUGAUGAAGCUGCUUUACUUUCUCAACCUUCUGAAGACCUGCCUUUACCUCUAAGUGGAGCUUCUUUCACUCAGUUUCUUCGCAAUCUUGGGCCUGAAAACAGUAUCACAGUCUUGCUACUUGUUUUAGCUGAACAAAAAAUUCUUCUUCAUUCGUUACGACCUGAUGUAUUAACUAGUGUUGCUGAAGCUUUAACAUCUCUCAUCUUUCCAUUCCAUUGGCAAUGUCCUUACAUACCAUUAUGUCCUUUAGGCUUGUGUGAUGUUCUCAAUGCACCGUUACCUUUCAUUGUUGGUGUUGAUUCUCGUUAUUUUGACAUGUAUGAAUUACCUUUGGAUGUAGCUUGUGUCGACUUGGAUACAAAUUCAAUUUAUAUCUCUGAACACAAAAAGAUUCUCAAUUUCAAACUUUUACCUAAACGACCUUCCCGUGUUCUUCGUAAUACACUAGAAAAACUUUAUGAAAAAUUAUUGAAACCUAAUCCGCGAACAAACAACGAAACAUAUAACCCUCAAUCUAAAUCUCGUAACUCAACUUCACCAUUUUCAAAUGAUGGUAUGGCUGCUCGAAAACGUGAACGUACGAUCGAUUUAGAAAUUCAAGAAAUAUUUGUUAAAUUCAUGGCAUCAAUAUUGAAAAAUUUUCGUGCAUAUCUGAGACCUAUCACUAAAGCACCUACAAUUGGAGCUACUGACCCUAACUCCUUAUUUGAUUUUCAAGGUUUCAUUAAAUCCCGUGAUAAAGCUCAUCAACGAUUCUACCAUAUAUUGAUGCGGACCCAAAUGUUCACUCGUUUUAUUGAAGAGCGUUCAUUUGUUUCUGACAAAAAUGCUAGUCUGGCUUUCUUCGAUGAAUGCCUGGAUAGAAUCGAAGCCUACGGGGAUCUUGAAAAUUCUUUAAAAAUUCGUUUAUUAGACAUCGAUGAUUCUUCUCACAAUGACCGAACAGUAUUCAUUCCUGCUCCUGAACCAAUUUCCAAUGAAACUUAUUCGUAUUCGUGUUUCCCUGCCCUAGAUAAGUCAUUAUUUCACUUGCAUUCAACUAUAACAAAAAACUCAUUUGAUCAAGAUACAAUCGAUGCUUCUAAUUUAUCAAGAACAGGAUCAACUGCUGCCUUAGCUAGUCCAAUGUCACGUCGGACUAAACAAGAAAUUCGAAGUGCUCAAAGAGUAGCCCGUCAUCAUUCUGAAGCACCAUUGACUUGGGCUAAAUGUCUUGUAAGUUAUUGUUAUAGCUUAUGGUUUAUUCAUCUUCCAGCUUUUGUUGAGGGCAACAUAGCCGGUAUGGUUAAAGCAAAGCAACUUAGGAUCGCAUAUUCAGUACUAGAAAGGAUGCAAUCAUUGAAUCUCCAUCCUGUUGAUGAAGUUUGUUACAGAAUACUCAUGCUUCUUUGUGGACUGUAUAGUCAACCUAUUUUGGCUGUAAAAGUGCUUUCUGAAAUGCGUCGCUGUGGAGUUACUCCGAAUGCAAUAACUUAUGGUCUUUAUAACAAAGCUGUACUUGAGAGUAAAUGGCCAUCAGGUGAUUCUAGUGCUUCUCUUAUGUGGACAAAACUUCGUAAUGUUGUUCUUGGGAUAGCUAAGUUUAAAAAGUGCAAAAAAUCUGCUCAAGCAAACUUAAUUUCACCUCAAACAAUCAAAGAAGAUGAUGUCUUUUCUGAUCCACCUGACGAAUCUAUCGUGAAAAGUAAAGCAGUAACAAAUCUUUACACUCACCAAAAAAUCAGCUCAAAUCAGUCUGAUGCCGGUUACGGCUCUUCAAUUUAUAAUAUUGAAACUGAUUUAGAUACUUCAACAAUCUCAGUAGAUACCAAAAUUGACCAGACCAAACCAGUAGAGAUUGUCAACAAAAAGGAAAGCAAAGCGGACCGUAAUUUAAAUGAAUUUCGCUCUAUGACUCGUAAUAUUGUCCGAAAUUCAUCAUCCGGUCCUUCCUAUCUUGAUGACUAUAACAGUCCAGCUGGAGUCUUAAUGACUAGUUAUUCAGCUUUAAAUAGUGAAUCUCUCAACCUCUCUAUCAAAAACUUUCAAAGUUUGCGUAAAAGACACAAAAGUGAAGAUCAAAACCAACCCACUCCUGUUUCACCAAUAUCAACUUCAAGUCAGUGCAAGAGUGAACCAAUCAAGGAUUCAAAUAGAACGUCUUACUUCAGAUCAUUUAGUUUUGGCAAUGAUGCUAGAAUCAUUCACAAUUUAAAAGAAGGGACUUUUAAAGCUUUGAAAGCAGAAAUGGAAAAAAAUGAUCCAUUAAAAGAGAGUUCAUGUUCUCCUUCAAAUGAAAGAGUAAUCAAGGGAAAAAAUCAAACAGAAAACGAUCCGUCUGGCAUAGAUAAGUUCCGUCUCACAACUUGUACUGAAAUCCCUGAAGAAGAUCCAGCUUGUGAUAAAAAUCCAGGAAAUGAAACGCCCGAUUCCCAGUCAUCACAGCAAGUGUCAUCCAAAUCAGGAUCUAGAGACGAAUCUGAGGAAGAAUCUGAUAGUGAUAGUAACGAAGAGGAUAAGACUUUUUCAUUUAGUCCUAUUAAAGAUCAUAUUAUGAACAUGAGUAUCUUCUCCCCUGAAGGGCGAGUGGCUUCAACAUUACGUUCUAGUUUUCGUCUUGCUACUCGCUUAGCUGUGGGGCCUACCUCGAGUUCUAAACAAACACCACCCAUGACACGAAGCUCUACAUUUCACACUAAUACAUCUCACAGUGGUCUAGUUAGGCAAAAGUUAAGUAGCAAAUUUAAUAGUCUGUUCAAAGCUAGAAGUGAAGAAACUGAAGAAUCUGUUAGCAGUAAACCUUCAAUGACUCGAUCUGAAACUGCACCACCAACUUCAAUAUCUUCACCUUGUGAAGUUUCUCAAGAGGUCAAUGAACAAGAAGAGAAGGUCGUCUCAACUGAUAAUGUUUCCGAUGAGACUGAUGAAGACAAAACAUCGUUAAAUAGUUAUGGUUACUCUCCAUGGACUGCAAAACUUGCAUCUAAUAAACACAUUGAACUAGUUAAUUCAACCAUCAAGUCAGCUGCCAAUACAAUGGCAAAUCGUAUCACAGGAUUUAAGAAUACUCUUGCUUCUUCAGCAACGAAUUCUCCGUCCAAAGUAUCUAAAGAGAAUUCUUAUUCUACUGGAGUUAGUGGUCCAGCCUUGUUACUUUCUCAAUUCGCUAGUCUAGUCGCCGAAAAAAUUCCUGCCAAUUUUGGUUAUGAUGAUGAUGAUUGUCAAAGCUUACGGUCACUUGAUUUCAAGAGACACAGUAUUGCUGAUAGUGCUGAUGAUCUCAGAUCCAGAGAGGGAAGUAUAGCCCAAAAUCUUGUAGGUUUUGCCUUCUCACAACAGAAAUCUAAUAAUUACCCGCCACUUUUCGAAACGAUUGAAAAGUAUUACCAUGAAGACUUGAUACCAAACAAUCAAUCUCCUCCUGUCAUUGAAAUUGAAAUCACGUCAUGCUGUAGAUGUCACAUUUGCUCUUUUAUUCUUUACGACGAAGAAAUCAUGGAAUCAUGGUCAGCUGAUGACUCUAACCUGAACACUCAAUGUUGUUUUUGCAACUCUCGUUUUGUCCCACUAUUAACAAUCUCAUUGAAAAUACUAGAAGAAACAGAAAUCGAGGAUUCGCUGGAUAAAGUUUUAAAUAAUGAUAAUAAAACAAAUGAAACAGAUGAAACGUUAAAAGAAGAUAUUUCAGAGAAUGAAAAUUCCAAAAGUUCAUGCAAUGAUGAGCUUUCAUAUCAAACUCAGUAUAGUGCAAGUUACGAGUCUAUUGAACCUUUUACUGUUCCAUAUCUCAGCCCGAUAGUAUUGAGGAAGGAACUUGAGAAUGUGUUCGAAAGUGAAGGCGACAGUUGUGUCCUUAAACCGGAGUUCGUUGACGAUCAUCCCAUUCUCUAUUGGAACAUGCUUUGGUAUUUUGAAAGAAUUAAUCUUCCUUCACAUAUUCAUGGUCUAUGUCUUCAUUCAACAUCAUUAAUGAAAGAUAAAAAGGAUGUUGAUAAAUACAAAAAUUUAGAUUUUAGAAGUGUCAAAAUUCAUUGUAUUUGGGACAAUCAUAAGCUACAUAAAGAUUUUGAAAGACCGAUGUACGGUCUAUGGAAAGAAACAAAUGAAACUCGGUCAUCAUUGCUUCAUGCGUUAGUCACUGAUGAAAGAAAGAUCCAGCAAAAUUUGAUGAAACAAAUCAUAAAAGCACUUCAGUGCAACGAUAUGAUUAGUGCAAUGAACUUUCUCAUCAAUGAACGACUCAAACAAGGUGCAACUGGAAACAAAAAGUAUUAUAGCAUGUAUAGAGAUCUACUUUAUUUAUCCUUCGUUGCGAUGGGUCGUGAAAACAUCGACCAAAAUUAUUUUGAUCGUGAAUAUCGUCGGGCUCAUGAAACUCUGGUUGCUAAAUAUCCAUCAGUUUUAACUGAAGCAGAUCAACCUCCAUCUUUAAAAGCAAUUUUUUGUCGACGGAUAUUCAAAGAGCUGGAGCUUAAACCAUUUGAAAACCAUAAGCAGAAGACAAUUAUAUAAACUAAACUUUGAAUCUAGUAAUAGAUAAUGUUAGUUGACAAAACAGCAUCUAAUUCAAGUUUUGCCUUAAAAUUAAAACGUUGGUGCAAAUAUUGGUAUAAAUGAUAAAAUCAAUUUUCAAUCUAAAUCAAAUCCUUAAAGGCUAUUCACCAUUUCUAUAGAUAUACUUUAAGAUCCGUUAAGAAUGGCUAGGCAUUUACAAAUGGCAAAACUUAUUUAUAAUUAUUUUCUUUUCAAUGCUCAAAAGAAAAAUGUUCGCAAUCUUAUUACAUAUUUAUGUUAUUCAUAUCAUUUAUAUCAAUCAAUAUGCAAUUGCAUUUUUUUAGGUAAAACUGCUUAAUGCUUCACAUGCUGUAAAUGUCAACUUCUUGUCUUUUUAACCUUCCCUUCGCCUCCUAUUCUGGUCCUCUUUUGUUCAUCUUCAAGUUUUCAACUCGACCAAGAUCCCUAAUAUGAAUAUUAUUGUGACGAUCUCUUGUCUUACAGAUGCUCACUGUGCUAAUUGCAAUAAUUUAUUUGUAUAUUAAUAACAGUAGAGUAUACACUUUUUUGUACCAAUUUACAUUAGGGCAUCUAUGUUUGAAUUCAAUAAAAUUAUUUUACUAAAUAAA